UAAUGCAAAAUGUUCAGAAAGAUGUUUUUUAAUAUAAAAAAAUUGUGAUACUUUAAUCUAAGGUUGCACCCUCUUAAACUCGUAUUCUUAUUCACGUAUAAUUUAAGUGCAUGUUACCUUUAAUGUAAAAAGCUGAACUCUAUACAUUAUUAUAUUUAUCAUUGUAUUCUCAUUGUUAAAAUGUAUUCGUCGUGUAAUUCGCAAAUUUAUAAACAGAUUUUACGAAAAAAGAUCAAAAUCAAUUUGCAAAUAUUCCUUGUAUAUGUACAGCAAGCGAAAGUAUUUCUCUUUGCGUUUAAUUACGAGAGAAAUCUGCGUUAAGUGUUAAGCCGAUUUGGAGAGAUACACCACAGUUUCCGAGGUCUUUGUACAAAAACACGGAUAUGCGUCGUCGCGGAUCUGUGGCGGGAGAGGAAGGGAGCUCGUAUAUAAAGCAACUCUUCCUUCUACGAGGAAGCGCAAUGCUCCAAUGUCACGCGAGGACGCAGUAACAUCUAGUCUUCUUCGAGUCCUCAACUCCCAAUUUAUCCGUCGCAGGCGCGAAUCGCUAUCUAAAAAAUUCGCUAAAAAAUUUAGAAAAUCGUGAAAUUAAUUUUGCAUCAUUCUUGUAUAUUCUAAAAUGUGCGACGACGACGUAGCCGCACUGGUGAUCGACAAUGGCUCCGGGAUGUGCAAGGCCGGAUUCGCCGGGGACGAUGCUCCUCGGGCCGUGUUUCCUUCCAUCGUUGGGAGACCCCGAUACCAGGGAAUCAUGGUGGGCAUGGGACAAAAGGACAGUUACGUCGGCGACGAGGCGCAGAGCAAACGGGGUGUCCUCACCGUCAAGUACCCGAUAGAGCACGGGAUCGUCACCAACUGGGAUGACAUGGAGAAGAUCUGGCAUCACACGUUCUACAACGAGCUGAGAGUCGCGCCGGAGGAGCAUCCGGUCCUGCUGACGGAGGCGCCCUUAAAUCCCAAGGCGAAUCGCGAGAAAAUGACGCAGAUCAUGUUCGAGACCUUCAACACCCCGGCCAUGUACGUCGCCAUCCAGGCUGUCCUGUCGCUGUACGCGUCAGGACGCACGACUGGCAUCGUCCUGGACAGCGGCGAUGGGGUGUCUCACACGGUACCGAUUUACGAAGGAUACGCUCUACCCCACGCAAUUCUGCGUUUGGAUCUAGCCGGCCGCGACCUUACAGAUUACUUGAUGAAAAUUCUGACCGAGAGAGGCUACACCUUCACGACUACCGCUGAGCGCGAGAUUGUGCGCGAUAUCAAGGAGAAGUUGUGCUACGUGGCCUUGGAUUUCCAGCAUGAAAUGGCAACGGCCGCCGCGUCGACCGCGUUAGAAAAGAGUUACGAGUUGCCGGACGGUCAGGUCAUCACGAUCGGCAACGAGCGCUUCCGUUGCCCGGAAGCGAUGUUCCAGCCGAGCUUCCUGGGCAUGGAGUCCUGCGGUAUACACGAGACGACGUACAACUCGAUCAUGAAGUGCGACGUCGACAUCCGCAAGGAUCUAUACGCCAAUUCGGUGCUCUCGGGCGGCACCACCAUGUAUCCGGGUAUCGCCGAUCGGAUGCAGAAGGAGAUAACGACGCUCGCGCCGCCCACCAUGAAGAUCAAAGUGAUCGCGCCGCCCGAGAGGAAGUACUCGGUCUGGAUAGGCGGCUCGAUCCUCGCCAGCCUCAGCACGUUCCAACAGAUGUGGAUCUCCAGGCAGGAGUACGACGAGCUAGGACCGUUCAUCGUGCAUAGAAAGUGUUUCUAGGGAUCUUGACGCUUUACGCUUUAAUGCCAUCUCCACCCUUAAACGCUUCUCGAUCGAGAAGGCUCCUGGCUCCUCACCGAUCAUGUUAGAAUUGUGAUGUCAGAGGCGAGAAAACACGCUAAAAAUUCUUAUAUGUCAUUUCAAAAGAAAGAUAUUUCGAUGAAACAACACUUCAGAUGACUUUAGCACACUCUUAAAAAUACCUCGAAAACUAUAUUUUUCUCUUAUAAUCAAUCAACAGCUGUAAAAUGACUGUAAUAUGAAACCACCCAGUCCGUCUAGUCUAUGCACAUGCGUGGUCAUUCGGCAUGACAAAGUCUGAUAUCACGAUCAUUUUACGGUUGUUAAUUGACUGUUAUACAACAAAUUGUUUUUAAUUGAGUUUAAAAUUGUUAUUAAUUGAGGUAUUUUAAAAGUGUACUAAAACCAUUUGAAGUAACAUUUCAUUGAAGUAACUUUUCAUUAAAAAAUGACAUCUAAGAAUUUUCAGCGUGUGUUUUCUCGCCUCUGACGUCACAAUCUAAUAUGCGGCGAGAAUCCAAGAGCCUUAGGGUGCGUUCCGUUAUGCACUGCAAGUACUGGCACUAUGACGUCAUGCAA